GACCACGUAGCGCUGUACGUGCUCGGAGCGCAGGAAGUUGAACUAUCAGCUGAUCUUGCUGGCUGUUGUUGAUAUCUUGAAGUUGCCGUCGUGUUUGUUCGACUGCCGCGUCGCUCUUAUCGCCGCUCGACACCGGAGAGCCGUUAACGGUCGGGGCACGGACGCGUGUACCGGGCCGGGACGUGCUGCGUGUUUCUCAGGGGUGCAGGAGCUAGCUGUCGCUUCUGCUCGGAGCUGAAGAAAAGCAGCAACGGAAGCCGACGGAGGCUCUUUGUUUGAGUCGUGACGUUGUGAAGUGUAACAUCAACUCUUCCCGUGUUAAAUUCGUUUUUAUGUCGGCUUGUUUGUUGUUUAUUCUGCACAGCUAGCCGUGCGGCUAAGCGCUCGCUAGCAUUAGCUUGUUUGUGUGGAGCUCACCGCGCGGCUCGAGAGGAAACAUAACGGAGACUCGGAGAAGGAAGCUCGGUGUUUGUCUAGAGCUGAGGUGGGGUUCACGUGCGGUGGUACGAAGUGAACAGCUGUUUCUUAUACGCUCAUCUGCGCCUGUUCAGCUUGUUUUAUCGGUUUUCAAAGCAAACAAACAUUUGAUCGAUGAACCGCUGGCUGUGUGUUUACUGACAGCUGUUGAAGCCCCCCCUCCAUGCGGAGUGUCUUCAGAUUUAACCUGUCCGGGUGUGACUUACAGGUAAACCGGCUGUCAAAUAAAUCUGACGUGGAUAGAUGUGACCUGAAAUAGCCCCCUGAGGUGCUGUGAUCAGGGAGAGGCAGCAGGUAGAGGGUCCCUUUGAGUCUUGAGGUGUGGUGAGCCGCCCCCCCACUACUGACCAAUGCUGGAUCUGGAGGUGGUCCCUGAGAGAUCACUAGGAAAUGAGCAAUGGGAAUUCGCCUUAGGGAUGCCAUUUUCCCAGGCCAUCUGUAUCCUCCAGAAACACUGCCGUAUCAUCAAAAAUGUUCAGGUGCUUUACAGCGAACAGACGCCGCUCAGUCAUGACCUCAUACUGAACUUGACCCAAGAUGGGAUUAAGCUGCUGUUUGAUGCCACAACCCAGAGACUCAAGGUGGUUGAAGUGUAUGAUCUGAGCAAAGUCAAAUUGAAAUACUGUGGGGUCCAUUUCAACUCCCAGGCCAUCGCUCCUACCAUAGAGCAGAUAGAUCAGUCAUUUGGAGCUACGCACCCUGGAGUCUACAAUGCUGCAGAGCAGCUGUUCCAUCUCAACUUCAGAGGACUGUCCUUCUCCUUUCAGCUGGACUCGUGGAACGAAGCUCCGAAGUACGAGAUUCCUCAUGGAGCCAUGGUCAAAAGGAUGCACAUCUACACUGGAAACAACCUGCAGGAAACCAGAGCUCCUGCCAUGCCGUUAGCUUGUUUCCUGGGAAACAUCUAUGCAGAUUGUGUGGACGUCUUGAGAGAUGGAACGGGUCCUCUGGGGCUUAAGCUCCGCCUUCUCACUGCAGGUUCUGGUCUUGGUGUGAUGGCCGACGCCAAAGUCCGGUUUCUGGAGAGGAGCAUCUUCUUUGGAGAUUCCUGCCAGGAUGUUCUGGGUGCUUUGGGCUCGCCACAUAAAGUCUUCUACAAGUCUGAGGACAAGAUGAAGAUCCACUCUCCAUCGCCUCACAAGCAGGUUCCUUCUAAAUGUAACGACUACUUCUUCAACUACUUCACUCUGGGAGUGGACAUCUUGUUUGACUCGACCACUCACCUGGUGAAGAAGGUUGUGCUUCAUACCAACUACCCGGGGCAUUACAACUUCAACAUAUACCAUCGGUGUGACUUCAGGAUUCCUCUGCUCAUCAAACGAGAUGGAGCCGAUUCUCAAACCGAGGACUGCAUCUUAACCACUUACAGCAAGUGGGAUCAGGUCCAGGAGCUCCUGGGUCAUCCGAUGGAAAAGCCGGUUGUUCUCCACAGGUCGUCUUCAGCCAACAACACCAACCCCUUUGGCUCCACCUUCUGCUUCGGACUGCAGAGGAUGAUAUUUGAGGUGAUGCAGAAUAACCACAUAGCAUCUGUGACCCUCUACGGUGCUCCGCGGGCCACCAGUCCGGCCCGGCCCGGGUCCAGCUCGAGUUCUCGCUGAAUGAGUAAUCACCUCCCUCUUCAGUUCUGGCCGACCCAUGCUGAGUUCUGGCUCAGUUUGUUAGGAAAGCCAGACAAAAAGCCCGACCCGGUCCAGAUGCUUCUGAGAGAAAUCAGACCCGUUAACUGACUUCCUGUCAGGUUCUGGGAUGAUUUUUCCAAUCAGGCUCAUUGACCAAGCCCGGUCGGACUCUUUUUGGACGUGUUUGUGCCGCUGGAAGGGAAAACUCUAAAGUCUGCAUCCUGUUCCAGCCAACAGAACCGGUACCAACCAGACUCCUGCCGAACCGAACCGCACUACCUGCCCAGCCAGCACCACCUUCCUGUUUCACCGUCAACUGAUCCAUCACUCUCAAAACCGGACCCAGACUCAAAGGGAAACAGUCCAGAUGUCACGGCAUCCUUAAGUUCUUCGUCCUCAUCAUCCUCUUCCUCACUCUGAUUGGAGCAGACCUUCCUGCAUGUAGUUAGGGGACGUAUCCAUGGCAACCAGCCCCUUCCUGUCUUAAGUUAUUGUGAUCCAUGUGCACUAAGAACAAACCUUUGACUUGAUGGUGUCCCAUCGUCGGGGAGGGCAGCGUGGAGUUAGUCUCCGCCUCCUCCCCGAUCCGUCCCUCUUCAUCCUCAUCUUCUGCAGUUCUCCGUUGAUUUGGCAAACGUUGUAGCCGAAGACGUUUUAGGACCGAUUCAUUUGCUCUGCUGACACCUUGUCUAGCUCCAGAUGUCAUCGUGAUGGUUGUUUCUGCUGAGAUCUGACCUUCAGCUCCUCUGCGGGUUCUGGUUCUGGCUGCUCUCGUUUCCCUAGCAGCGCCGCGGCUGCUCUGUGAUUUAGAGCUUCGGGUUUUCCUCCCUGUGGUUGUGCUCAAACUCCUUCUGGAAAUAAAGAGAAACAGUCAUUCCCUUGUCCUCAACAUUUACGCACCACAGAACAAAGUAUUUUUCCAUUUACUGGUUCAGAUGUUUUUAUUUUCCCAACAUUAAAACCGAGCGGUUGGAAGCAGGAAGCCUCCAUCAGGAAAACUAAUCAGCGGAAUUCCCAAAUCUCCCAUCAGCAGCCGACAUCAUGCCACUAAUUAGGAGUUUUAUUUAGCUGUAAAAUCGAAUAUUUAACUGCUCUGCUGUCGUCGUCGAUCAGUUCUGGGGAUUCCUGUGAUGGUAUUUUAUUAACCUUUACCCUCUUGUCACAUGGUUGUCUCAGAGUGAGAACUUCCUGUCUCACUCCUGAAUGAGUUGGUGCUGUAAAGUACCGCAGAACUCCAUGUAAGUGAAUCCAGCAGUGAUGUAAAAACCAUCACUGGUGACUGUUCACCGGAGCUGCCAUGUUGUGGCUUAGGAAACAGGUCUGAGCUAUCAGGAUCUGGGGUUCAAAGCCCCGCCCACUCACCUGCCCGCGUCUGCAGUGAUGUAUCACUGAGAGGAGCUAAGCCAGAAAGCUAAGCUCAUAAUUUAUCAGAUGAUCUUCAUCCAGUCCUCACCGAUGGUGGUGAGCUGUGGGCGGUGAAAGUACAAGUUCAAGUUUAUUUAUAAAGCGCCAAAUCGCGACGAGAGUCGUCUCAAGGACCUUCACACAGUAAACAUUCCAGUACAGGUCAGUUCAUUAAGCCAAUCAGAAAAAAGUUUCCAAUAUAAGGAACCCAGCAGGUUGCAUCGAGUCACUGACUAGUGUCAAGAGUCUUUACAACAAUCCUGAUACUAAGCAAGCAUGCAGCGACAGUGGAGAGGAAAACUCCCCUUUAACAGGAAGAAACCUCCAGAGGAUCCUGGCUCAGUAUAAGCAGCCAUCCACCAUGACUCACUGGAACAAGAUCGUGGAAACAAGCAACCAAAAUGAGUUUUCUUCACCUACCUCAGAGAGGGUUAGGAGCUCAGAGUAGAGCCGCUGCUCCUCCAUGACUAGAGGAGGCAGCUGAGGUGGUUUGGGCACUUGGCCCAGAUGUCUCCUGGAGGCCCCCAGGUCGACCCAAGUUUCGAUAAAGGGAUCAUACCUCCACGCUGGCCAGAAACACCUGGGGAUCCAUGUUUGAUUGUUAGAGAAAGGAGCCAUGGAAGUCCAAAAGACGCACCUUGGUUCUAAGCCCCGCCCCUUAAAAAACACCUCAGAUCACGUUUCCAGGUGUUUAAAUUCAGUUGAAGAGAAAACGGUUUCUGCUGUGACGUAAGUUUUGGAUUACAUCCUGUUAUGUCAUCUAUUACAUCACACCUUUACCUGUGUUCAUGUUCAUGACGGAAACAUGGCCAGAAUGUGUUUUGUGUUUCCAGCCAGCACACACGUUUACUCCCACAGCGAGAGUCCGAGGAACGUGCAGUAGAUGUUUCUUUUCUUAUUUCCUUUCUCCGACUGUCUUCCUCAUUUCUGCUGACUCAUUCACUCGGGGUGCGUUUUAAUAAAAACCAGCCAGUAUUUAGUCCUGCAGGCAGACGGGAUCUCCGGGUUUAAGAUCUGGGAAGCAGCAUUCUUCUCGUGUCAACUCCAAUAGAAUCCCUGUGUUAUGGUUGGGAAUGCUCCCUGCUCCGGUUUGGCUUCUCCUGAUGUACGUUUGACUGUCAUGGAGGUUAUAAUCAAACAUCUGAACAACUUUUUACGCUUUUGCACAAAAAAAAUCCAGAGAAAAGGAAACUGGAACAUCGUGCCUCAUUCUGUCUGUGAAAACGAUCCUGCCUGUAAAUAAGAUCUGAAAAUGUGUUUGAGUUGCAUUGCUGUACAGUCUGUGUUUGUGUCUCUGAGCACCAAGAACCAAUAGCAUGGGUCAAAGGUUGUCUCAGUGCUUUUAUUCUGCAGAGAACGGCUGGUCGGGUUCCCUAAACCCUUUUGGGUUUAGUAUGUGUUCUCAAUCCAAGCAGUUCUAAAGAUCCGACUCCUCACCACCUCCUCGCCUGUUCCUCCUCUGCAGAAUCUGAAGUGAUCAAAUUUUCAAACGUUUUUGAUUCUGUUAUACAGGAAUAUCGAGUCUGAGCCCUAGUGCACAGAUCUGGGAUUAAUAUAAUAGUUUUAUUUUUAAUUGUUUUGGAGAAACUGAUGGGUGUCCCACCCAGACUCAGGUGGACAUCCUGCUAUUUUUAUUAUAAAAAACAAAAGCUUAAAUCUGUUUGUGCAUGAAUGGAGGAAUAUCAGAUUUUAAUCUGGAACAAAAGCUUCCUUUUGUAAAAAAAAUAAUCUAAUUUUAAAGUUAGAUCGUAUGUCCCUCAGAAUGUUUUACCUGGAUGCAGAUAAUAUUUAGUUUUCUUGGAAGUGGGGCUGUUAAUGACAUUUGAAAUGUGGCUUUAAUCAGACUGAAGUGUUGAGUAGAUUUAUUCAGCAUGUCCACUGAAAAGGCAAUAAAACCACAGAGAUGCA